AUGCAGUUUAAAUUAUUUAUAGUGACAUUAGUGCUCCACUACGCAACUGCAGAUUAUUAUAGAACGAAACCUGAUUUCGUGAAGACAUGCUUCAGAAAGGAUCCAGAAUUCGACGAUUGUUCGCGACAGGCUGUUCAACAACUGUUCAAUGCCCUAGGCCCAGGAUUGCCCGAAAUCGGAGUGGAACCUCUAGAUCCGUUGAAAAUUCCAAAAAUUAGGAUCUUACAAGGCGACGACGGACCUGUGAACGUAAACGCAGCGCUUGACCACGUGACUGUAACUGGUUUCGGUAAAACAGAAGUUUUGUCCAGCAGAGUUGACCGUAAAACAUAUGAUUUUCACACAAAGAUCCGAAUACCAAAAAUAAGGAUAGAAGGGACCUAUGAACUAAAAGGAAAGAUUUUGCUAAUACCGCUGGUUGGACGGGGUCUCUGUUGGUUUGAACCAAGUAACAUGACAAUUGAUAUUAUUAGUGAUGUAAAAUUAUAUAACAAAGAUGAGUUCACAUUUUUCAAUGUCACUGCAGCCCAUGUUAAAUAUGCAAUCGGAGGUCUGAAAUUACGGAUGAAUAAUUUAUUCGACGGUAUUGACGCUUUAGAGGAAAGUACCAACACCUAUUUGAACGCAAAUUGGCGGCCAGUUUCUGAAUCACUACGAUCAGUAUUAUCUAAGACAAUAGAAGAUAUUUUACUAGGAUUUAUGCAGAAAUUAUUUCAUAACUUGCCAGGUGAUUUUAUGAUUGGAGAUAUUAAUGAUCCAUAG